AAAUUAAAUCUGCAAAACUAAUGAACUUUGUAAAGUUUUUAGGUUUUUCUCUACGUCUCUAGUGGAAUUCCCUCCCGAGCGUUUAUGCCGUAGGUGAAGCAACAUUUCCUCCCAAGGGAAUUCCAUCACCAGCUGACCAGUAAGAUGCAAAGAUGCAAGUCGACAUCGGCCGCGACACAAUUCGAUACCGUAGCGAUGCCAAAGGCGCAAGACCCGCGUUCCACCUGAUGCUGCUGGUAGAAUGUUCCGGCUUGCACAUGUACCCGGAAAUAUUCGACCCGUCGAAGUACCUGCAGCGGCCAUUGCCGCUGAAAAGGGUUGAUAGUCGUGCGAUACCCGAGGCCGAGUUUCAUUCCGAUGGUGGGUUUAAGGAUGGUGAGGUUGGAUUCGUACGUUCGACGAGUGAGUCCGGCAAGGGUGGAUACCGGCACAAGGAGAACUUCCACAAGAAGGAUGGUAACAAGUAUGGACACGAGCGACAAACGGGAUUCGGAGAAUCGAAACGUACCGGAGACGACCAAGCGAAGGAACACGGACGACUGAUUGUGGACACGCAUCACUACCGUCCUGAGCCAACGUACGAAGUCAUCGAGGAACAUGAGAGUGAUGUCGAGAAUCCAGACAAAAACAAAAAGUACGGCCUCACUUCCAACAAGAACAAGAAAAAAGCUAGCGAGCAAAAGCCCAAGUCUGUCAAAUCUUCGCGUCAAACUGCUCCGGGGAAGGUUCCGUCGAAACAUCAGAAAAACCACAGCGGAUAUGAAUCGAUCGUGUACCAUGAGAACGAACACGACAGUACGGAGCAUGGUUACGGCCAGAAGAAGGUGGUCGGUAAGAUCCCCGACCAGAAACCUGCUAAACAGAUUGCCCAUGACGAUGGUGACGGGUACGAUGAGGAUGAGCUGGAGUCGGCAGAGCGGCAAACGGACGGUGACUAUGCGCACGAAUACGACAGUGACUCUGAGGAUGCUGACACUGGACGGGAAUCGGAUUUUGCCGACAACUACGACGCGGUACGGUUCGACAGUGACUUCGAGCGAUCCUUUGGCAGUGAGGAAGACCACACGGAGGGUGGUGAAAAUGGACGACCGACGGGGAAGAAUGAAGAUUACGACUACGCCGACGAUGAUCGGGAUGAGGACGAUGAUUCGGCUGAUGAGGACAAGUACCGGGGUGAUGAUGAUUCUGGCGAGGAAGAGGAAGGCGAAGGUUCGGAGAAAGGUGAUGAAGAUCGGCAGUACGAGUAUGCCAGUGAGGCCGAUGGCGAUGCGGAAGACUAUUGAAAGGAGUUUGGUUCAUUACAUGAAGAGCCGUAGGUGAUUAAGAUUAGAAGAAGAACGAUACCGAUAGGAAGCUGCUAGCGACCGGCUAGUUAACGAGAUACCUCGAUCCGUAGUGCAAAUAUGUCGUAAUAAAUCCAACUAAUGAUACUGUUAUUACAUUGAACUUGUGAUGUUUGAUGAACUCUUCUUGGGCGUAAUUCUUGUAAAUAAACAUUUUAUGAGAUUAUAGUUAAUCAAGCUAUUCUCAUAUGAAUAAGAUUGGUUAAAAUCCUAGAAAUUAUUAAUGUUGCAACAAAAAACAUAAAACUCCCAUUUAAAUCUCCACCUGUUCUUCAUUUCAGUCCAAGAUCAAGUUUUGCUAUAAAACGGAGUUCAUUUUGUAAGCUUUUUCUAAAGCUUCAACAACUAGCAUUCAUUCCAAACGUUCAUGCUCAGGGUGC